AUGACAACUUUACAAGCAUCAAUAAAUAAAAAUGCAUAUCCUUUUUGUCUUCCAGCACCAUUGAGUCUACCAAAAAAGAAUUACAAUAAAAUAUUUGAACACCAAAGAAAAGAGUUUAGAACCAAUGAAUUAUUAAGGAGAGAAAAAAUGAAGGAAAUGAUUAAAGAGAUUGAAAAGAAUGAAAAGGUCUCAGAAAAAGGAGAGAGUAGUGGAAUUAGAGAUGCCAUGAAAAAUUUACUUAAAACAGAAAAAUGUUCUAAUUGUGAUAAAGAUAUUAUUCUAGGUACAUUUGUCUACACUUGUGAAUGUUGUGGAGCUAUGUUAUGUGGAGAAUGUAUAAAAAAGAGGAAAUAUCAAAAGAAAAAUGAAGAUAUAGUAGAUGUUACUUUAUGUAAAUAUUGUGAUUUUAUUUAUAUUGCUAUUACUGAAGAUGAAAAGUACAAAAGACAUAUAAAACAAGGAAAUGAAGAUGCAGUUUAUUUACUAAGAUGUCAAAUUAUUAAUUCAUGUAUCUCUUAUAUGGAAGAAUAUGCUACAUUAAACUUAUUUAUAAAAGAACUAAUAUCAAACUUAAAACCAAAGAAAGAAGAUGUUAAGAAGUGCCAAGAUGAAAUGAAAAUAGUUAAAGUUAAAACACAAAAAGUAUUAUCACUUGAUGGAUUUGUUGAUUCCUUUGAUCAGCCAGAAAGAAAGUCAGACCAAAUAGUAUUUAAUAAUAUUGUUAGAACUAUGAAUAUAUUUAAAAGAGAUGUAGUAUUUGAUUCAAUUAAUGAAGUAGUUAUUUGUGAGAAAAUUUUACAAGAAGUAAAUGGAUUACGAGAAACAAUACCACAAAUCAUUGGUUUUUCUAGUACUAUGAUACCAAUAACUGGUGGAACAAUUAAAAUAACUUUGACAUCAACAAACAAUGUUAAAGUAAUUAUUAAUGAAAAAGUAAUACCUUGUACUAUUGAUGGACUAACAAUGAUAGUUAAUGUCCCCCCAUCAGUUCCUGGACAAGUUAGUGUUAAUAUACAAUUAUUAUAUAAUAAAACAACAAUCGAUUUACCUGGACCAAUUAUGUAUUAUAAAGUCUCAAAAGAUCAACAAGAGAAAUCAUCAAUAUCUACUAUUGGAACAAAACAUAAAAUUAGUAUAGUUGAAUGUGAUGAAUCAAUAAGUGAUGAUCCUAGUGAAGAAGAAACAUACUCUGAUAGCACUUCUAAUAAGGACAGUGAAAGUUCUGAUGAAGAAGAAAAUGUUAUAUUAUUCAGUAAAAACAAAAAAGAAGAAAAACUUAAACAAGACAUAAUCAAUACACUCCAAACAGAAAAUGAGGAAAAAGAAAAACCAACAAUACCAACAAGAAAAAGUAAAAGAGGUAAUCCAUUUAGAAGAGGAGGAAUUAUUAAAACAAUUAAUUAUAAUGAAAUUGAACAAUGUCAAACUCAAAAUGUAAAAACAAUAAAAACAAAUAACUUUUUAAUGGAUAGUUCUAUUAAAAUUACUAUGAUUAGACCAAAAAACAUAAAAAUUAAAGAAAGGGUUAUGUUUACUAUUAAAGGAAGUGGAUUUGGAACAUCUCCAAUGGUAUUCAUUGGAAAUAAAGAAGUAAAAAAAUUUGAAAAACGAAAUGAUAAUUUAAUUAUUGGAUAUUUUCCAAUAAUUGAAGAGUCAGACGUUUAUGACUUAAAAGUAAAAAAUAAUUUUGGAGGAGAAGAAAUUAAACCAAAAGAAAUUAGAGUAGAAGAUUAA